AUGAUUAAGAAUAGUUUUAGUGUCAUGCUUAUACUUGACAAUAUAGCAUACUCUUUGGAUAAUAAUACACUGUCAUCGUCAUUAUUUGAUGGUAUUCAAGGACAUGUUAAGAAGAUAGACUGCCCACUCAGUCCCGAGCUUACGAAUGUUGUGGGUUCUUGUAAUGGCUUGUUUUGCAUGUAUAGUGAGGUUAAGGAGCAGUGUUGUUUAUGGAAUCCAUGUACUACUGAGGUGAGAUUUCUACCAAGAUCUGGAUUUCAAGGGAUUAGGAAAAAGACGCGUUGCUCUUUAGGCAAAGGACAUGGGUUUGGUUACGAUUUUAAGAGUGAUGAUUACAAGUAUGUGCGUAUUUUCUGCAAUGGAAGCAGAAGCAGCCCUGAUAGUCAAUCCCAAGUGCAGAUUUAUUCAUUUAGAACAAAUAUGUGGAAAGAAAUGUAUGUCCCAUAUAUACUCACCAAUGUGGAUAGAAACGAAAAUGCACCAAACGGGGUAUCUUGUAAUGGAGCUCUUCACUGGUUUGCAAGAAAGAAUUCAUCCCCCAAGGUAUUAUUAGUUUUUGAUAUGAUAGGGGUGGGUGUAAGAGAAAUUCCAGAGCCAGAAAAUAUGGAUGUCAAGAAUCUGGGUAACAGCAAAUAUGUUGAUGUGUUGGACGGGAAGUCUUUGCAUUCUUCACAGUGGUGGUUCAGCCGGUUUCCAUGUAUGGGUAAUGAAGGAUUACGGAAUGAGAGAAUCGUGGACAAUGAUGCACAACAUUAA